AUGCCCGUCAUUGAAGGAGGGCCGUCGAGCGCCACAGACAACCCAGUGCGCCGUCUUCCCCGCUUCGAAAUUAGCGAUGGCCUCAAGAAGAAUGUACAUUCGUCCAUCAAGACCGCCGUCACCAUUUUGGGAACCAUUGCGACCAUGACUCAGGACGUGCCUUAUAUGGGCGUUGUCUCCAAGAUCCUUACAGAAGUACUCAAAGUCGAGGAUGAACUUGAGACCCUUGAUGCUAUCUGGAAAUCGGUUAUGGCAGCUGCACGUCAGAUCAAGGAUGUCAUAGACGAGGUGCACCGCCAGUGUGAAACUACGAUCGAUGCCGAAAGAUGCGCUCCGUUACCGCCGGUUCUGAAAGAACCAUUCGACAACCUCGAGAAGUGUAUCUUGAUGACUUUAGAGACUCUGGACGCAUGCAUGGCUUCCCGACAAGGAGGGCGAUACGAGAAGUUCAAGUUCCGUUUGGGGAAGAUCGUGAACCGUGGCGAACUGGUGAAGCGAGUAAACAAAUGCCGCGAAGACUUGUCCCGUGCUCUCACGCUGUUCAACAUAAAGCUGCAGAUUGACCAGUCUCGGAUGAUUCACGCGAUGGCUCCGAUCCUAGACGAGUUGCGGCAGAAAUCAGGUCCACCACCUCCUCUGACGCACAACUCCCGCCAAGCGCACGUCGCGCAUCCCACAACGUUUACUCUGUCCUCUUUGCCUCCCGCUCCCGAGAUAUGUCAUGGACGCGAGGGCGAGAUCAAACAUGUUUUGGACAUCAUUCUGCACCACGAGCCCGCUCGAGUGGCUAUUCUGGGUCCUGGUGGCAUCGGAAAGACCACAGUCUCAUUGGCUGUUCUACAUUCCCCUUUCAUCAAAGACCGAUACGGAGACCAACGUUAUUUCGUCUCAUGCGAAGCUAUUCACUCGGCAGAUGGAAUCGUGCAGCGGCUCUUGAGAGAAUUCCAUGUAGAGCAGGAUGGCAAUGGCACCGUUUCUCCAGAGGAUCGCCUCAUAUUCUACUUGGAGUCUAUGCCCGGUGCAGUUCUAUGCCUAGACAACAUGGAAACGCCUUGGGAUGCCGACUUGCAGGCCACAGAAUCGCUUCUGCGCAGGAUAACGGCAUUACGAAAUCUGGUGUUACUCAUCACUAAGCGGGGCACUGAGCGUCCCUCUCGCAUCUCUUGGACGCAACCUUUCCUUCCGCCGAUCCAGCCUCUGCCUCUCGAGGCAGCGAUCGCGACAUGGGAUGAAAUCUGCGGCUUCCACGAUGAUUAUGCGUUGGAGCUAAUGCACGAUGUGGACUAUCUACCCCUUGCUAUUGGUUUACUCGCACAUCACGCAGUGAGCGAAACCUCUCAGAGGCUUUUGCAACGCUGGCAAUGGGAGAAGAUCGGUCUCUUGCACAUGCACGGAUCGGGAGAUCGCCUGUCAAGCGUUCACGUCUCUGUAAGCACGUCCCUGAGCAAUCCUCGCUUACGAGAGCCUGGCUCUGGCGCGCUAGAGUUCUUCAGUAUUCUUUGCACACUUCCUCAAGGCUUACCCAAUGAUCGCGUUCAGGGUAUCGUGGAAGCUUUUUCAGACGAUCUACCCGACAUUCUUGCUUCCAUCACGCUUCUCAAACAGCUUUCACUAGCGACAUUGUCUAGUGAUGGAUAUCUAAAGGUCUUGUCUCCUGUACGUCAUUGUGUACGGAAACAUAUGCCUCUCUCGAACACUUCGUUGGCACGCUUGUAUGGUGUUUAUCACGGACUACUCGAGUAUGAAUCAACGAAUUACAAGAGAGAGAAGGAAUAUGUGAUUCAGCAUGUUCAACCCGAACUGGGGAACAUAUCCGAAGUUCUGCGAAUACGUCUCAAUUAUAUGCUUGAUCAUGAUGUCCUGGAAGUCGUUUACCACUUUGUUCAUCUUGCUCGUACGGUGGGCUAUUACGAUACGGCCUUGCUUAAGCAAGCGAUCGAUCGUGCUCACUCAGCCGCAUACAAAGAGGAUCCUGCCAUUGCAGCUGCUCUUCGGGUGGCGUAUGGCCUAUCGUUAUACGACACCUUCAUGACGGACGCCGCAUUGGAUGCCUUUGAACUAUCUCUCGACCAGUACCGUAAACUCAAACAUCUGGAUGGGCAGGCAGAUUGCUUGAUCGCCAUGAGCGAUGUGUAUCAGCGUCAGGGCUCAUCGACGGAUGCCGAGCGUUACGCGGAGGGUGCACUCUCUCUAUACUCAGAGAUAAAGAGCAUGAUGGGCAUGGCCAGUGCUCGUGAAAGACUCGGUCGCCUGUACGCUCAGUCUGGACGCAGCGACAAAGCCCAGGAUGUGUUUCAUGCGGCUUUGUCCAUGCGUCGCGAGAACAACGACGUUCUCGGUAUGGCCAAUAUCGAGCAGAGCAUCGGUGAAUUGUACUUACGCCAGCACCAGCUGCCGGAAGCCAAACAAGCACUUAGCACCGCCCUUGAGCGGUACCGCUACAUCGGCGAUGCACGCGGCGAGGCCAUCGCUUUACGAACUUUGGGCAGUCUUCUUACUGCGGAUGGCAGUUUUGAGGAAGCAGGACGCAUGUUGGAGCUUUCUCUUGAACUUUUUCUUGAUCUGAAGGAUCGCGCCGGCGAGGCACACAGCCUGCAGGCUCAGGGAACACUUUACCAUCUAGUCGGACGCCUUGAAGAUGCAGAGCAUGCCCUUAAACAGUCUCUCAGCCUCAACCUCGCAACGCGCGAUCAACAUGGCGAAGCAAAGACACUGAACAGGCUCGGACAAGUAUACCUUUCCCAGCGAAAGGAACACGAUGCCGCAACUGCUUUCACAAACGCGCUGCAGGUCUCUUCAAAGAUUUCCUAUAGCAUUGGCGAGGGACAUGCCUAUUUGCAUCUGGGGUUGCUAUAUAAGUCUCACAGCGAAUUCGGACGUGCGGAAGCCUGCCUGCGCAGAGCACUGCUCUGCUUUGAUCGAGCAAAUCACUCCUGGAAGCUCAGAGACGUACGGAUAGAGCUUGAAGCCUUGAAGAACACUUAUCCGGACCCUCCCGAGUCAGACACGGCUUCGCAGUCUGCUGUUUUUUGUGACAUUCUUGACUCAAUGCUAGUCGCGGUUGAACUUGAGAGGCAUUACGCCAGGGACAAUGCGACGGACCAUCCAAGAGAUGAUCGCGGCGGCAGUCUUGACGAGAGAAUACAGGCAGUAAUUGCACGCUCUCAUGUUCCUAUCGAGGCACAGGUGGAAACAGGACCGGCACUUGCAUGGGAAGAAGUCAGUAUUCAUUCUUCGAGCACGCACAGCGAUCCCGAGACGUGGUCGCUCACGCGCACGUCUUCCAGAGCGUCGAGCCCUGGUAGACUCAGCCGGUCAUCUUCCAGAGCAUCGGAGCGAGACUCGGACGGGUAG